AUGUCUGACCGAUCCAAAAUCAAGAUUGUUGCCGUCAUAGGCUGUGGAUCAAUAGGCGCAUCUUGGGCAGCUCUGUUCGCCUACCACGGCCUCCAAACCACAGUCUACGACCCCAACCCCCUAGCCGAGAAAACACUCCGUUCCAUCGAAGCCGAAGCCUCCAAAGUCUUCGCCUCCCUUGAAACCACCAGCAACAAACCCACCAUCACGUGCUCCUCCUCAACAAUAACAUUCACAACCUCCUUACCCACCGCCCUCCUCAACGCCGACUUCGUCCAAGAGAACGGCCCCGAAAAUCUCUCCAUCAAAUCUACCCUCCUGACCCAAAUAGACGCUCUCCUCCCCCCAAACAUCCCAAUCCUAACCAGCACAUCGGGCCUAACAUGUUCCUCCCUCUUCCCCGCGCUCCAACACCCCUCCCGCCUAGCAGUGGGCCACCCCUUCAACCCACCACAUCUCAUCCCCCUCGUCGAAGUUGUCGGCUCUCCCCAAACAUCACCUGAGACUAUCGCCACAGCCAUGGCCUUCUACAGCUCCCUCGGCAAGAAACCAAUUCAUCUCAAGCGCGAGAUACCAGGCCACAUCGCCAACAGGCUGCAGGCUGCUCUGUUCCGCGAGAUCCUGCAUUUAGUGGAGAGCGAUGUGGCGACGGUGAGUGAUAUCGAGACGGCGAUGGAGUAUGGUCCGGGAUUGAGAUGGGGUGUGAUGGGACCGAGCACGCUCUUUCAUUUGGGCGGUGGGAGUGGUGAUGCGGAGGGGAAUGGGGGUGGAGCGGAGCAUUUCAGUAAGCAUAUUUUGAGGCCGAUGAUGGGUUGGUGUGCGGAGGAGACGCCGUUGCUUGGCGAGGAGUUGAGGGAGAAGUGGGUGAGGCAGACCGGGGAGGCGGUUAAGGGCGAGGAGUUUGGGGAGUUGUGUCGACGGAGGGACGAGGGGAUUGUGGGAAUUUUGAAGGAGAAGAGUUGA